CAUAGAGAAGCUCGGUAAAGCUGGUGAAAUGGUAAAGGUUGCUCCUGGAUAUUUCCGGAACCACUUGAUGCCCAAGUUGCUUGCCGUCCCCAACAUUGACAAAUAUGCGUAUCUCAUCAGAGAACAGAGAAAGCCUCGAACUUGUUCAGAUUUACCAACCUGAUGAAGUGGAGACGGUUACAGUACUUCCACAAACCAAAGAGGACAAAAUGAAGGAAUAUCAAAUGGCUGCCAAGCGUUUGGAUAAUGCUCGCCUGUCUUGGAAGCAAAAAGUCGAUUGCAGCGCUCAAAACCCUUGCAAAGCUCAGAGCAACUGGAUACCAUCAUAUACUGUUUGGGAAAAGUCAGAUUCACUCUCAAUAAUAAGAUCGCAUAUUACAGUCUUUCACCUGUUUGCCUUGAUUAUUGAGUCGCUGAGGAGGCUUAUCAAGGUCGACAAUGAUUUGCGUUCGCCUGUGACAAAAGAUGAGCUCGUAUCAGAGGUGGUGAGGCAGCUUUGUGUGGAUGUCCAGCCAGAGAACCUGCACCUACCAUCUCCAUUAACAACUAUGGGAGAGUACGAGGUGCCACUCCGUCUACCCAGGGCAAUUCCCUUGCCUGUAGGGAAGCUUAACUGGACCCUGAAGGUUAAAAUUAGAAGAAAAUGAAUGAUGGGAUUGUUUUCUUCGCUUACAAGUUUUGCCAGCAAGAAGCUUUUGCAUGAGAUGAUGAUGAUUGUUUUCUUCACUUACAAGUUUUGUCAGCAAGAAGAUUUUGCAUGAGAUGUUGAUGGAGUAAUUGUAGAACUCUGUUGAAUACAUGGAAAUCUCUGCAUGCAAUGAAGUUUCCUUAGGAUUAAUUAACAUCCCCUGAGUUUUGUGCCUCACAACACAUGCUGAGAUUGUGAGGUUUUUUGUUCUGCGAAAGGAGUUUUGUUUGAAGCUUCUGUUUGGGUGGGUGAGAAGAGCAUAUGCUGUAAAGCAGUUCCCCCUCCCCCUCCAAAAUAUUUUGGUCUGACGAUCCAACCAUUACAUUUUCUUAAGAGUCCAGCAGAUUCAUGAAAUUAGAUGCUUAUUCUGACUA